UGGCAGUGGGAGAGCCUGACUUCCUACUACCUCGAGAAAGGGCAUUGAUGGUCGAACUGAUGAAGAAAAGACAUCGCGUCUAUGCUUUUAACGAUGAGGAGCGUGGCAGGUUGGAUGUAGACAAGAUCCCUAUGAUCCGCAUCCAUACCGUGUCGCACGAACCAUGGAACUUAAGAGCGGCGCGAUAUCCGAAUCCUGACGAAGAAAAGCAGGUGGUGGAUUACCUCGAUGGCAAGAUACGUACGCACGUCGCCGAUUAUUCAAGCAGACCCUACGCGUCCCUGUGGUUCUGUUUCAUAAAACCUAAUGGGAUGCUGAGGUCGGUGCAGAACUUGCAGAGGCUGAAUGUGGUGACCGUGCGGGACGCAGGAGGCUUGCCGAAUGCGGAUGCACUGUCAGAGUCAUAUCAGGAGUGGAUUUGGGGUGAGGAUCAAGGGAAGGCGGUGGCAGGAAUGAAGGAAGAGUUUCGAGAAGGAGGGUUGGUGUUGGGAGCGCCGGACUAUGACGCCACUGAAGUGAGACCAUUUAUUGUUGAGACUGAUGCUGGACCAACUGCCCUAGGUGGGGUUCUAAUCCAGACAAAUAUUGAAGGAAAGGAGAGGCCGUUGUGUUUCGAGAGUCGAACUCUGUGUACGCCAGAGAGGAAUUACUCUCAGUUCAAAAGGGAGACUCUCACUGUCCCUCACUGCCUACGGAUCUUUCGGAACUACAUCUUUGGCAGGAGGUUCAUAUUGAGGGUGGAUCCAACAACUCUAGCAUUUUCCCUAAGGAACUAUGUUCCGUCCGAUCCAACGGUUGCCAGAUGGUUAACGUACAUCUGGAUGUUCAACUUUGAAUUGAAGCGAAUUCCAGGGAGUAAGAAUAUAGCAGAUGGGCUAAGCCGCAUCAACUGGGAUAAGCAGGAAGGGGAGGCAACAGAAGAUACACCUUCAGUUGAUGGCUUUUUGGACCAGGAGGAGGACAUCCGCCUUCACAUUAACAAGUGGUCUCCGCGAGUGCUUGGCUGUGUUGGUCAUCCAAUUUGGCAUGCGCCAAAAGGGUAUGAGCGGAAGGCUGAGUUAGGGCUCAAGCCCUUCGAAGAAGAGGACCCUUGGGGUAGCAAAGACGUCAAAUGGAUGAUGAAGCUGGCGCUCUCAGGCAAUCACAGUCUGGUGGAAGAGAUAACGACGAUAGAGAAAGGUCCAGACCGGGUAAGGAGGCAUGAGGAAUUGACGGGGGGAAUGUACCUCCUCGUCAAUACACUUCUCCAGGAGUCCUUUAACUUGGAAGGCUCGCUAAAUCCGGCUGAAGGAGAAAAUGUUGUGCUAGAAAGCCAGGAUGACGAGUUUGAAGAGGGAGAGAACAAGGAGGCGUUCCGUGCAGAAGAGUAUGACGAAAUUUACCUGGAGUUGGGGCUUCUCCUAUCGUGCAAGAUGUGGGACAGGGAUGCAAGUGAUAGGGGCGACUUCAUUCACCCACGCGUGGUGAAGGAAGCCCGCUUACCCACGACAGGGUCUCCGACUCCCAUCUGCGUUACCCUAGGGGAUGACAAGACCCAACGCUUCUUCGAUCAGACGAUCACCGACCUCCCCUUCUUCCUCACUCUCGAGCCGACUGAUCGUUCCCCGGCGUCUCGUCGCCACCGCUCCUCUGCACAUUUCGAUGUGAUGGAGACGGGGUACGACUUCAUUCUCGGCACUCCGUGGUCUCAUCGGUUCCGCAGCACCGAGGCCGAUUGGGCGACCAACACUCUCGUUCUCAAAACGAAGUGUGGACAGACGUAUCGCGUACCUUUUAUAGGUACCACGGCGACACCACGCCCCGAUCCCCCUCCCCCGGAGCCUUUAGUGCCCACACCAUCUCCCUCUAUCACUGUCACCUCGCCUCAGCAGUUCGCUCACUUCAUUCGACAGGACGACGUCACCUUCUUUAUGGUGGACAUGACGGAUCUCUUACACUAUGAUCCACCCUAUCCCAACGUCGAGCUCAUCCCUCUAGAGCUAGAUCCUCCCUCUAUCUUCAUGGCUCCCAUCUCUACUUCCGUCCCUCUGCCGUCGGUCGAGUCCACCCCGUCGUCGCGUGCUGACGCUGACGCUGAGGAACUCGCACGAUAUACGGCUGACCUAGAGCCCGCAGUUCGUGACCUCAUCCGAGAGUACCACGACGUUUUUCCAUCGUCGUUCUCGUACGCCGGCAUCUCACCGAUGCGUGAUGUCGAGCACUCCAUUCAGCUUGUGCCUGACUAUCGUAUUCACCACCAGGCACCCUACAGACUCUCGAUCCCCGAGGCCACCGAACUCAAGCGUCAGCUUGAGGAGCUCCUGAGACUGGGUUUCAUUAAACCCAGCAACUCCCCGUGGGGUGCACCCGUCCUCUUUGCUCGCAAAGCGGAUGAAACUCUCCGUCUCUGCAUCAACUAUCGCGGUCUCAACCGCUACACGGUUAAGAACAGCUACCCCAUGCCUCAUUCCGAUGAGUUGUUCGACCGCCUAGCAGGCAACCGCUUCUUUACGAAGAUUGAUCUUCGUAGCGGUUACCAUCAGAUCCGCGUUGCUGCAGCCGACCAGCCGAAGACUGCGUUCCGGUCGCGAUUCGGCCACUACGAGUUCACUGUGAUGCCAUUCGGCCUCACUAAUGCUCCCGCUACCUUUCAGAGGGCGAUGAACGACAUCUUCAGGGACAUCCUGGAGCAGUACGUUCUCGUCUACCUCGACGAUAUCCUGGUCUACAUUACUGACGAGCCUUCUAUUGACUAUUCUCCUACCAUCGCCGAGGACGGCACUGUCGAGACCCGCUCAAGUGAUUGUCCGAUAGCCUUCUACUCCCGUCAGCUCCUGCCCGCCGAGAUAAACUACACUGCUGAUGAACGUGAGGUUCUCGCAGUAGUUUAUGCCGCUCGGCACUGGCGUCACUACCUGCACGGGGCACCAUUCACGGUGCGCACGGACAACUCCGUUGUCCAGGCUUUUCUGACAAAGUCGAAGCUCACUCCUCGACAGCCUCGCUGGUGGCGCGACCUAUCCGAGUUUAGUUUCACCACUGAGCACAUCAAGGGUGAGACUAAUCGGGUCGCAGAUGCCCUAUCCCGGCGCCCUGACCACGACCAGGAGCACAUCCAACUCUCUUCCAUCUCGGUCACCACCGUCCACCACUCAGUGAUCGAUGAGUUUCGCACUCAGUACCGCCAMUGCCCCGACUAUCGCGACAUCCACGCGACCCUUCGGAGUAGCAAGACCGUCCCGAACUACUCUCUCGGGGACAACGGUCUUGUGUACUGGCACGGUUCACAGGGCACCAGAGAACCCCGUAUUUGUGUUCCCUCCACUGGACAGCUACGUGUCCGAGCAGUAGCAGAGUUCCAUGACCAGGCAGCUGCCGGUCAUAUGGGCUUCCACAAGACGUUGACUCAUGUGAGCCGCCUAUACGUCUGGCCGAAGCGCAAGGACUUUGUGAAGGACUACGUCGCAGAGUGUCCCACGAACCACCUGCCUUAUGGCUUGCUCCAGCCUCUUCCCAUCCCUGAGGGUCGUUGGCAGUCCAUCUCGAUGGACUUUAUCGGUCCUCUUCGUCCUCCGACCCCUCGCGGUCAUGAUGCUAUCCUGGUCGUCAUCGACCGCUUCACGAAGCGUGCACGCUUUGUUCCAUGCCGCUAUGCCAUCAGUGCACGUGAGGUCGCCGACAUCGUGUUUGACCGAGUCGUGCCCGAUUCUGGCGACGGCUCCACGAGGUAUACGGCACUCAGAUUCGCUUCUCCUCGUCUUACCAUCCUCAGACUGAUGGUCAGACCGAGAUCACGAACAGGACUCUCGGAGAUAUUCUUCGAAAGAUUGUUCGUGACGACCAACACUGGGGAUCUUCAUUUUGCCCACGCGGAGAUAGCCUAUAACCACGCCUUCUCGCCAGCCACGGGGAUGUCGCCUUACUAUUGCGAUCUCAGCUAUCACCAUCGUGUUCCCGCGGACUUCCUUCGACCGUCCCAGCUGCACCCCGAUACGAGUUGUCCCGCACUGGACGAUUGGGUUGCACACAUGACGUCGAUCAUGAAGACCGCACAUGAGCACAUAGCCGCUUCCCAGACUCGCAUGGCAGCACGUGCGAACCGAUCGAGGAUGGAUCACCCAUUCAAGGUCGGUGAUGAUGUGCUUAUCGACGCCCGCCACUUACAGCUCGAAGCGGACACGCUUCGCAAGUUUCGGCGUCCCUUCUUUGGCCCAUGUCGCAUCCUCCAGGCCAUCGGUUCUCAUAUGGCAUCUAGCCCGGUCAGCUUUUGUGUGAAGCUGCCCGACUACCUACGCAAGGCUCGUGUGCAUGAUGUCUACCACGUCUCAUUACUACGUCCUUACCGCAGACCGUCUGAGCGUUUCGCUGGACGACCAUACGAGCACCCUCCACCCAUCAUGGUGGACGGCCACGAGGAGUUCCUCGUUUCAGACAUCAUUGGUCGUCGAGUCACCGAUGACAACCCUCCCCAGGUCGAGUAUCUCGUACGUUGGAAGGGUUACCCUGAUGAGGAGGCUUUCUGGGAGCCCCUCGAGCACUUACAGCACGCUCGCAUGUUGGUGCGUGCUUAUGACCGUGCUCGUCGUGUUGGGUUCACUGCUCCUCCUCAGCCCACUGACCCUCCUCCUUCUCCCCCAGCUGAGGAGACCACUGAAGUCGAGCCUGGUCCAUCUGAGGCAGACCUUCAGCAGCAGCCAGAUGCUUCUGAGCGUCCACAGCGCACUCGUCGUCGUCCUGCUCGAUACGACGAUUGACUCUGACUUACCUUCCCACGUCCUUAACUUCUCAGUACUCCAUCCACUCCAGUUUUGCUACUUCGGCUCAUCGACGUU